AUGAAUCAUUCUCAUAUGAGUUUUGAUUUAGUUGUUGAUUUGAUUGUUGAACGUGUUCGUGAUAAUCUAUUGACACAUCCAAUUCAUGUUGUUUGGGAUUUUAAGUUGGGGUAUGGGUUGAGAGUUAGUUAUCGUCAAGCUUGGAUGGGGGUAGAGAAAGCAAAUGGUGAUAUUUUUGGAGACUACUUAAUGUCAUUUGACCAGUUAAGAUGGUAUAUUGAUGUUGCAAAGAGUUGCAAUCUAGGGACUUACAUUGACUUUGAGUGUGACGAUGAUACUAAACGGUUUAAGAGAUUAUUUGUUCCUUUUCAUGGUUCCAUUAGUGGAUUUGAUUAUUAUCGACCUCUCUUGUUCCUUGAUGGCUCAUUUUUGAAGAGAAGAUUUAAAGGAAAUUUACUUACCGCUACAGGAAAAGAUGGAAAUCAAGAGAAUCAAGACAACUGGCGUUGGUUUUUGGAGCAUUUGAGUACAAUUGUUUCACUAGAACGAGAUAUUAUAUUCGUAUCAGAUCGUAACCUUAGAUUAGUUGAAGUUUUGUCAAAGGUUUUCCCAAUGGCUUUUCAUGCUUAUUGUUUAUAUCAUUUGAAGAUGUACUUGGGGCAUCAUUUGCGUGGUAUGUUUCUUGGAUUGAAAGAAAAGCUAAUCACUUUGUUUGGGAAAUGUGCAUAUGCUCCAACUGAAGAAGCAUUUCAUCAAUGUUUGGUUGAGUUAAAGAUUGAAGGUGGGUCAAAAGUUGAAAAGUUUUUAGAUGACAUACCAUAUGAUCAUUGGAGUAAUGUAUAUUUUCAAGGGCAAUGCUUUGGAGAGAUGUGGUCGACUGUAGCUGAAUCUUUCAAUUCGUGGAUACGGGAGGAAUGCCAUUUGCCUAUCACAAAGUUGAUUGAUAGUGUAAGAAUUAAGUUAAUGAGGAAAAUUACUAAGAGGAUGGAGCUUGUUAAUAAAUGGAAUGAUGUGAUAUGCCCCCAAAUGGAGUCCAAGUUGCAUGAUGCUUUUAAUACUUCGAGGCCAUGGAUUGUUAGUUCAUCUGGGAAUGAUGUUUAUGAGGUGCAUUCACAUCCAUCUGUUUCAGUUGACAUUAGUAGACGAAUAUGUUCUUAUGGUGAGUGGCAGUUGAAAGGUUUUCCAUGUGUAUAUGGAGUUGGUGCUAUACAAAAGAGUGAACAUGAUUUGAGUUUAUUUGUUGAUUAA